AUGUUGGAUAAAAAUCGUCAACGACCAAUUCGUCGUCAAAAUGUCGAAUCAACGGAAUCAUUUGCUCCACGUGCACAACGUUUUAAUCCUAUUGAAUUACCUUCGAAAACAUUUCUCGAAGGAAGUGGAUUCUCAAAGUUUAUUUUCGAUUGGGCUAAUCAAUAUAAUAAUUCUUCUUAUAUGUUAACAAAAGAAAACGUAUCGAAAAUUCUUGAAUUAGCAGCUGAUGGAAUAGAACAAGAAAGUCAAUUAUGUGAAGAACAAUAUGACAGAAAAAAAGGCAUUGAAUUUGCUAAGAAAUUACGUGAAAUGAAAAAUCAGAGUUUAUCAGAUAUUGGUAAAUAUUGUAUUUAUAUUUAUACAGUUGAAUGUUUUCUUUAUCUUGUUUUGAAUUAUACAUUACGAAAUGAAGAUCAAUCAAAAUUAAAGACACUAGGUCCUUAUUGUUUUCUUCUUCAAAAUUCUCUUUGGAAUUGUCGUGAAACAAAUAAACAAACACAACAACGUGUUUAUCGUGGUGGGAGAUGUAAAAUCCAACAUAUCGAACAGUAUAAAUCAGCUAUUGGACAAAUACGAUGUUGGUCAGCUUUUUCUUCAACUACAAAGAAACCGGAAGUAACAAAUACAUUUACAGCUUCAUUAGAUCCUGAUGAAGUAUGCACAGUAUUUAUUAUCGAUAUUAUUGAUCGUCCAUUUACAGAAUCAUUUGGUUUGGACAUAUCAUCCCUAUCAGCAAUUAAAAAAGAAGCAGAAGUUUUACUUCCUGCUGGGAUUAACUUUACUAUUAUUAGCGUUGAAUAUGAUAAAACUGCGAGAAAAUGUACCAUUCAUUUAACUAUCUAA